UCGUGUGGGAAUAGCACUGCUCUGCCUCUGCAUAUGCACAUUUCUUUAUUCAUUUCCUCAGCUUACUGAAUUUCUCAGCCUAAAGCUGCAACAGAAUCGACCAUUUUCAGCAAGUGUGUGCGCAGGUUAGGAGCAUGCACGCUCUUGCCCAGUUCUUGAAGCCCAUCCCUUUGCAGGUUGAGACUUAUACGGGCAGAAAACAGUGAAAGAGUAAUGUGAACGAGAGAGAGAGAGAGAGAGAGAGAGGAAAAAGAUUGAGACUUUUGGUUUUAUGUUGAUUGAGAAAGGCAAAGUUGGAGGCUUUUUUUCUUUUUUUCUCAUAAAAGGGCACUCUUCAAUUGAAAGGUCAAUUUCUUUUUAGAAGAGUAUAAAGGGAAAAAAGAGGUGGGGAAAAGGGGGGGAACACUUGAUAAUCCGACCACUCAUGCUUUGGUCCGCGUGCUUUGAUGCAUAAAAACUGACCCCUCUAAGUUUUUUUUGUGUGUAUAAUUUCUUGGUUUUUAACUUUACCCAUCUUGCUGUUGAUGGACUGUGACUGAGUGAGAAGAAGGGGGAAGCCCCACAUAGAUUUUCCAGUGCUUCAUCACUGUAUAUUUUGUUCAUUGGGUUUUGGAUUUUUAGGGCAUGCUCUCUUUGAUUGGUUCCUCUCAUGCUACUAGAUUCUCUGAAUAACUGUCUUGGCUUUAUUCCUCUGUACUUCCAAGAAUUACUGGGUGAUUUCUUUAAGGUGUCCCCCCCUCUUCUGCUGCUGAUGAAUAAGAGUAUGUGAAUUUUCUUGAAGUGGGCUGUUCUCCCCCUCCCUCCUUUUUGUGGGAGAAAAUUCAAUCUUGAUGGUUGGUGUAACUGGUUGAAUGAGAAGAUGGGUUCUUUAGAUUUUGGGGGUUGAAGCACAGAUAAAAGGGAUAGAGGAUACAUACAUACAUGGCUUCUGUUGAAGAAAAGCUCAAACCAGGAGGUUUGGUGGUCAGUGGUUCACAUAAUCUACUUGAAGGGAUGAAACUGUUGAAAGAAAUGCAGGAUCAUAAUGGAGUGAGGAAGCAGAUAAAUUCUGAGUUAUGGCAUGCUUGUGCCGGUCCACUGGUCACCUUGCCUCAGGUUGGAAGCCUUGUCUAUUAUUUUCCACAAGGACACAGUGAACAGGUUGCGGUUUCGACUAAUAGAACAGCAACGGCACAGAUACCCAACUAUCCAAAUCUCCCCCCUCAGUUGUUGUGCCAAGUUCACAAUGUUACACUCCAUGCAGACAAAGAUACAGAUGAGAUCUAUGCACAAAUGAGCCUCCAGCCUGUAAAUUCUGAAAAAGACGUCAUUCCUAUACCCGACUUUGGACUGAAGCCCAGUAAACAUCCAACUGAAUUCUUCUGCAAAACUUUGACGGCUAGCGAUACAAGCACACAUGGUGGCUUCUCCGUUCCACGGAGGGCUGCAGAAAAGCUCUUUCCACAAUUAGAUUACUCGAUGCAGCCUCCCACUCAAGAACUUGUUGUCCGUGAUCUGCAUGAUAAUACGUGGACCUUUCGUCAUAUAUACCGGGGGCAGCCAAAGCGACACCUCCUCACAACUGGUUGGAGUAUGUUUGUUGGUGCAAAGCGGCUUAGAGCCGGUGAUUCAGUUCUCUUCAUCAGAGAUGAAAAAUCCCAACUUUUGCUGGGAGUAAGACGUGUUAACCGCCAGCAAGCAGCUUUGCCAUCUUCAGUAUUGUCUGCUGAUAGCAUGCACAUAGGAAUCCUUGCUGCUGCUGCUCAUGCUGCUGCUAGUAGAAGCCCAUUUACGAUCUUCUACAAUCCAAGGGCAUGCCCCUCAGAGUUCGUCAUUCCAUUUGCCAAAUAUCGAAAAACUGUUUAUGGUACACAGCUCUCCAUCGGUAUGAGAUUCGGUAUGAUGUUUGAAACUGAAGAAUCCAGUAAAAGAAGAUACAUGGGCACAAUUACCGGUAUAAGCGACCUAGAUCCACUGAGAUGGCCCAACUCAAAAUGGCGUAGUCUUCAGGUUGAAUGGGACGAGCCCGGGUGUGGGGAUAAGCGAAAUCGAGUUAGCCCAUGGGAAAUUGAGACUCCUGAGAGUCUCUUUAUAUUUCCAUCCCUAACUGCCAAUCUCAAGCGCCCUUUCCACUCUGCCUUCAUUGGGGCACAAACAGAAUGGGACACAUUGAUAAAUAGGCCUUUCCUCCGAGUUCCUGACAGUUCACCUGGUGAUUUUCAAUGUCCCUCAAUACCCAGCCUGUGGUCAGAUCAGCUAAUGAAGAUGCUCGUAAAACCUCAAAGAGUAAUCUCUCCUGGGAACAUUGCACCUCCUAUGCAAGAGGCCAAGGACGCUGCAAGGCAAGAAGCAACAUCUCUGAUGCAAUCAGCAGUCAAGCAGAAACCUGAGUUGAUCACUCCAGAUGGGUUUCCGCAAGGAGAAAUCCAUCACAUAACAAACUCGGGUAUUUUACUACCAGGAAAACCAGCACAGACUGACAAACUUGAAAACCAAACAUCUUCAGGAACUAGUUCUGAGUUGACAAAAGUAGAACCUGUACUUGCUUCAGAUCAGUUAAGCCACUUUCAGACACAGGGACAGUGCAAUGAAGAAAAACUGCCUGUGAAGCCCACAAAUCCCCACAAUCUCAUAAACGAUUUUGCAGGCAUGGAUCAGAACAAUGGUCCAUUACCCUUGCAAACAAGUGGAUGGAUCAGUCAAUCACGGUUAGACUCUCACAGUAUUCAAACUCAACAAAUUGAUCCAUCCCAAGUGGAGACUGCCAGUGCAAAUGCCUUGCUCCAAUGCCCCGGACAAGUUGAGUUUAGCUCGUAUUCUCCGAUGUAUUCUUCUCCAUCUGGAUCGUUUAGAAAUCCAGGAUCUUUGACCAUGAUUAAGAAAUCUGAUCAGCCUUCUACAACAUCGUGCACUGCUUAUACUGUGCUGCCUUCAGUAGGCCAAGAAUUGUGGGAUUCUCAGUUUAAUGAUGCUAAAUGCGUUUCCCAAGCUGAUCUCCCUAUCUUGUUGCCUCAUCAAAACUUUCAGUAUGGUUCAUGUGGUCUGAAAGACUUGUCAGAUGAGAACCACAACCAGAGUGACAUAUAUAGCUGUCUCAAUCUUGAUGGUAGUAACAGUGGAAGCACAGUGAUUGAUCCUUCUGUUUCCAGCAUAGUCUUGGAUGAUUUUUGUACGAUAAAGAAUGCCGAUUUCCAUAGUCCUUCUGAUUAUCUUGUGGGGAACUUCUGCUCAAAUCAAGAUGUUCAAUCCCAGAUUACAUCAGUCAGCCUGGCAGAUUCUCAGACAUUCUCUCUGCAAGAAUACGCGGACAACUCAGGUGGAGCAUCUUCAAGUAAUGUGGAUUUUGAUGACAACAAUCUUUUGCAGCAUACCUCAUGGCAGCAAGUAACUCCAAGGUUCCGAACUUAUACCAAGAUUCAAAAGGCCGGAUCUGUUGGAAGGUCGAUCGAUGUCUCGAGUUUUAAAACUUAUGAUGAACUACGUUUUGCAAUCGAGCGCAUGUUCGGUCUUGAGGGCUUGCUCAAUGACUUGGCUUCUGGAUGGAAGCUGGUCUAUGUGGAUUUUGAAAAUGAUGUUCUUCUUGUUGGUGACGAUCCUUGGGAGGAAUUUGUGGGCUGCGUAAAAUGCAUUAGAAUUCUAUCGCCAUCGGAAGUUCAGCAGAUGGGUGAAGAGGGAAUGCAGCUUUUAAACUCUGUAGGGCAAGGCGUUAAAGGCUUAACCUCAGAAGUUGGCUGUGAUAGAGAUGGCUCUAGCUAACCAUUUAUUCUUGGACCAGAGGAUCUGAAGAUUUUGCUGAAGCCUAGAGUGCCAUGCGCUCAUAAGGUUCGAUGAAUCCUAGGUCGUGCUGUAAUAGAGAUUGGGUUUUACAUGUGGUUGUAAAGCUGCUAUUAUUGUUAUGUAUUGGGCAGAACUCUGA